AUGACUAACUUAGUCACUAAAAGUUCGUAUAUGCUGGAAAAGUUGGGCAAGAAGAGCCCCAAGCUUUUUGCAGCUUCGUUGCCUGCAUGCCCUCUAUGGAGUAACAGUCAACAGCGUCGCAACCUCAAUGUUCAUGAACACGUCAGCUAUUCACUGUUGAAAGGGGCUGGCAUACCUGUCCCUAAGUUUGGGGUAGCCAAGACCGGUAAAGAGGCAGCCGAUCUUGUGCGAAGUCUGGGACUCACAGACAUUGCAGUCAAGGCUCAGGUGUUGGCUGGUGGUCGAGGAUUAGGUCAUUUCAAAAAAGGAUUCAAAGGCGGUGUUAAAAUGGUUGACACGGCUGAAGAAGCAGAAUAUGUAUCAGAUCAGAUGUUAGGAGAUUUUUUGAUCACAAAACAAACCGGAGAGAAAGGCCGGAUUUGUAAUGCAGUUAUGGUAGCUGAACGCGUGUAUGCUAGAAAAGAAUUUUAUUUUGCUGUUAUGAUGGAAAGAGCAUUUGGUGGCCCAGUUUUGAUAGCGUCUUCUCAGGGUGGUGUAAACAUAGAAAAAGUUGCUGAAGACAAUCCUGAAGCAAUUUUAUACAUGCCUAUUGAUAUUACAAAAGGUAUUUCUAGAGAACUGGCUUUAGAUGUGAUCACCAAAGUUGGAUUGACUAAAAAGAAAGAUGAAACUGCAGAUGUUAUUUUGAAGUUAUAUGACUUAUUUCUUACCAAAGAUGCUUUAUUAAUAGAAGUUAAUCCUUAUGCUGAAAGUAUUUCUACUGGAGGAUAUUAUUGUUUGGAUGCCAAAUUCCGAUUUGAUGACAAUGCAGAAUAUAGGCAAAAGGAAUUGUUUGAUUUGCGUGAUUGGACUCAAGAAGACGAAAAAGAAGUAGAAGCUUCCAAAUUUAAUCUUAACUAUAUUGCACUAGAUGGUACCAUUGGUUGUUUGGUAAAUGGUGCCGGUUUGGCAAUGGCUACUAUGGAUAUAAUUAACUUGCACGGUGGAUUCCCAGCCAAUUUCUUGGAUGUUGGAGGUGGUGCUACUGCUUCUCAAGUGAAAGAAGCUUUUAAAAUCAUCACAUCAGACCCUAAAGUGUGUGCUAUUAUGGUGAAUAUUUUUGGUGGAAUAAUGAGAUGUGAUAUUAUUGCUGAUGGAAUAAUUGCGGCCGCUCAAGAGUUGAAUCUUAAUGUACCAAUCAUUUGUCGUCUACAGGGUACAAAUGUAGAUGAAGCAAAACUUCGCAUUGCAAAUUCUGGUAUGAAAAUUUUACCAGUAGACAAUCUAGACGAAGCUGCUCGUUUGGCAGUUAAAUUGUCUGAAAUUGUGAAUCUAGCUCGUGAACAACACUUGGGUGUCAACUUUGAAAUGCCCAUCUAA